UAGUAUGCUGUGGUUUUUUGCGGAAAAUGGGUUGAUUUCUAACCUGAUCAGAAUAGGGGGUCGUGAUUAAGUCCAGAAAGUAGCAAACACUGUGCCGGCGAGUUACUCAGAUUUGAAGAAGCCAAAUUUAAAAAAAAGUCUGGAUGUAACCUGAACCCGAAAUAACCCCCACCUUCUUGACAGGGGGAGACAGGGAUUGGUUUUAACCGGCUGACCUUGUCAAUAGUUAUUGGAGCACAUGAUAUGGGUUUACCAAAAACAAUCACUACUCAGCUGUGACGCCUAAAACAGCUUCCCUGAGGCGUGUCUAUGAAUUUUCCACUAUUUUUUGGGAAGUUACUUUUCACGUUCGCGUUACGUGGCAAUGGUUUCUUUUUAAGUGUUAGCUUUGCCGGUGCUAGCCGUCUAUUAGGUGACGCAGGUAUUAGUUUACAGGUGUGGUAACCAAACGCCUCCAAUGCUCCAUCUCUAGCUAAGGAGGCUUUGGUAACAAGUUCCCCUUUCACUGCUGGCCAAACUGACAGGAUGUUAAAGAUGUCAGCCUGAAUGCUAUUGCUGUAAACAUUUGCCUCUGCUGCUGGGGAUUUCGAGAUGCUGCGAAUUAUAGUAGAAUCCGCCAGCAAUCUCCCUGAUUCAAAAUUUGGAACUCCCGACCCAAUAGCGUCGGUCACUUUCAAAGGUGAGAAGAAAAAAACCAAGUCAGUUGACAAUGAAUUGAACCCUGUGUGGAAUGAGAAAAUAGAAUUUGACUUGAAGGGACAGACUCUAAAUGCUUCUUCAUCGAUUCUUGUUGUGGUUAAAGACUAUGAGACAAUCGGAAAAGACAAGUUUAUUGGUUCUGCAACAAUUUCCUUGAAAGACCUUGCAAGUGGCCAAAAGACAUUACCUUUCAAAAAUGUCCCAUUGCUCACGGAAAAGAAACAGCCAACUGGGGGGACAAUAAAUAUUGUGGCAACUUAUGAACCACCUGCUGGAGCUGUGCCACCUGAUCCAUCCAACCUUGGAAGCUCUGGUGAUCAGGAUGCUGAAGGGAAUGAAGAUGAGGAUGCAGAAGAUGAAGCAGGUGAUGGUGCGGGAACCCCUGGAGCUCCCAGCACGCCAGGCCAGGCAGCAGCCCAUGUUAGCAAACGACUCCGAAAGAAGAAAAGCAAGAGAUUACUUUCAAACAAGCCUCAGGAUUUCCAGAUUCGGGUGAGGAUAAUUUCAGCUCGUCAGCUGCCUGGUAAUAACAUAAAGCCAGUUGUGAAAGUGACUGUCUGCAACCAAACCCAUCGAACGAGAAUCCGAAGAGGAAACAAUCCCUAUUUCGAUGAGAUUUUCUUCUACAAUGUAACUCAAUCACCAGAAGAACUCUUUGAUUCAUCAAUCUUAAUUAGGGUCUACAACUCUUUUUCACUGCGAUCUGAUUCCUUAAUGGGAGAAUUCAAGUUGGACAUUGGCUAUGUAUAUGAUGAACCUGGACAUGCUAUUCUAAGGAAAUGGCUUUUGCUUCAUGAUCCUGAAGACCCAAGUACAGGAUCCAAGGGAUACAUGAAAGUCAGUUUAUUUGUCUUGGCGACAGGCGAUGAACCUCCGGUUGAAAAGAAAGGAGUAAAUGAAGAGAAUGACGAUGUUGAAAGCAACCUGCUUCUCCCUGCAGGUCUGUCACUGCGAUGGGCGACUUUCCUUCUGAAAGUCUACAGAGCAGAAGACAUUCCACAGAUGGAUGAUGCCUUUGCUGAAACUGUGAAGUCAAUAUUUGGAGCAGGGUCUGAUAAGAAAAAUCUGGUGGACCCAUACGUAGAAGUUGGCUUUGCUGGGAAAAAGCUUUGUACAAAGAUUAUAGAAAAAAAUGCCAACCCUGAGUGGAAUCAAGCAAUCAACCUUCAAGUCAAGUUUCCAUCUAUGUGCGAAAGACUAAGUUUGACUGUGUUUGAUUGGGAUCGGAUGACCAGGAACGAUGCUAUUGGAACAGCAUUUUUGUACCUCUCCAGGAUAGCAUCAUCUGGAGGAGAAGUUGAAGAUGAUGAGGGAACUGGGGCUUCUCCAGCCAUUGAAGGUGACACCGGAGAUGAGGAAGUAGGAUUUCUUCCGGCUUUUGGGCCAUGUUAUGUAAACCUUUAUGGGAGCCCCAGGGAAUACACUGGCUUCGCUGAUCCUUAUGAAAAUUUAAACUAUGGAAAGGGUGAGGGGGUUGCAUAUCGUGGUAGAAUAUUAGUUGAACUAAUCACCAAACUUGAAGGUCAUCCAGAGAAGAAGUUGGAGGACAUUCCCAGUGAUGAUGUCUUGGUGGUUCAGAAAUACCAACGCCGGCGUAAAUAUAGUCUUGCUGCUGUCUUUUAUGCUGGAACAAUGCUUCGCGAUGUUGGAGAUGCCAUCCAGUUUGAAGUUAGCAUUGGAAAUUAUGGCAACAAAUUUGACAAAACCUGUAGGCCUUUAGCUUCAACUACUCAGUACAGUCGAGCAGUUUUUGACGGUAACUAUUAUUAUUUUCUACCAUGGGCCAAUACGAAACCUGUGGUGACACUGACCUCCUAUUGGGAAGAUAUUAGUCAUAGGUUGGAUGCCUUGAAUAUCAUCAUAAAAAUUGUCAGCAGAAUGGAAAAGAAUUUGACAGUGCUGAAGACUGCUAUUCAAGCUAAAGUUGAUGAAGAGCGCCUGGCUGAACUGUGGUUGAAAGUUAUCCAACAAAUCAUCGAGGACUGCAGCCAACCCCUACCAAAGUUAGAAGGCAAACCCAAUGUGACUCAGCUUGAUCUGAAAAUGCUAAAGCUCCGUAAAAGCACUAUGGAAGGUAUACUUGACUCAGCAAAACACACACUAAUGGAUGCAGAAGACCCAAAGGAAUCGAUUGAGGAUAUUGAAGACUGGCUGGAGAGACUGAAAUCAUUGGCUGAAGAGCCACAGAACAGCAUGCCCGAUGUGAUUGUCUGGAUGAUCUGCGAUGAGAGGCGAGUUGCAUAUGCCCGAAUCCCAGCUCAUGAGGUGCUUUACUCAACAACUAGUGAAGAAGCCUGUGGCGAAUACUGUGGAAAGACAAGAACCAUAUUCUUGAAGUAUCUGGAAGGUGGCAGCAAAAGUGUCAAAAUUCCAAUUCAGCUACGUGUCCGAUUUUGGCUUGGCCUCUCUGCUGUGGAGAGCAAGUUCAACAGCUUUUCUGAAGGAACAUUCAGUGUAUUUUCUGAAUUGUAUGAAAACCAAGCUCAAUUACUGGGUAAAUGGGGCACCAGUGGGCUUGUUGGUCGUCACAAGUUUUCUGAUGUAACGGGGAAAAUAAAACUGAAGAAAGAAAGCUUCAUGCCCCCGAGAGGUUGGGAAUGGGAAGGCAACUGGAUUGUUGAUCCUGAAAAAAGUUUGCUAACAGAAGCUGAUGCUGGUCACACAGAAUUUAUUGACGAAGUUUAUGAAAAUAACUCCCGCUAUCCUGGAGCUGAGUGGAAAGUCGCAGAGGAGCCUUACACUGAUCUGAAUGGUGAAAAGAGUUCCUCAAAAGAGGAGAUUGAGUGUCCACCAGGCUGGAAUUGGUUGGAUGAUUGGGAAUAUGAUGUCAAUCGAGCUGUGGAUGAACAAGGCUGGGAGUAUGGGAUAACGAUACCCCCAGAUGACAAACCCAAAUCUUGGGUCUCAACAGAGAAGAUGUACCACACCCAUAGGCGCAGGCGCUGGGUGAGAAGGCGCAAAAAGGAUGAUCAGCAAACAAUCCAACCUGUAAAGGGUCCAACACCUGGCCAGGAUUUGGAAGGAUGGGAAUACGCUUCUCUGAUUGGUUGGAACUUUCACUUAAAGCAGCGGAAAUCAGACACUUACCGACGCAGACGAUGGAGAAGGAAAAUGGCCCCAUCUGGACGACUUGGAGCUGCUGCAGUCUUCAAACUCGAAGGUGCCCUUGCUCCGACCUCGGGUGAGGAUGGUGACAAAUCGCCAACUGCAGACUCUAUUUUUGGGGCAAGUGCUCCGAUGAUCUCUUGUGUGUUUGACCGCCCUGCAAUCUAUCACCUCCGUUGCUACAUUUAUCAAGCUAGAGCCAUAAUUGCCAUGGACAAAGAUAGUUUCUCAGAUCCAUAUGCUCAUGUUUCAUUUCUCCAUCAAAGCAAGACAACUGAAGUUAUUAAAUCCACACUGAACCCAACCUGGGACCAAACCCUGAUCUUCAAUGACAUUGAUAUCUACGGCAGUCCUGAAACAUUAAUUAAAAACCCACCAAAUGUGGUGAUUGAAAUAUAUGAUGAAGAUCAAGUUGGGAAAGAUGAAUUUUUAGGCAGAUGUACCUGUCCUCCAAUGGUGAAGCUAAAUCCAGAAACAGACAUGGUUCCUAAGCUCCUCUGGUAUCCAAUAAAGAAUGGGAAAAAGAAAUCUGGAGAGCUCCUCGUUGCUGCUGAGCUAAUAAUGAAAGAUAAACCUGACGGUUCUAAUUUACCAAUUCUUCCACCAGUCCGGUCUGGUGUACUAUACAUGGUGCCACAUGGGAUUAGACCAGUUGUGCAGCUUACUGCAAUCGAAAUACUAACAUGGGGUUUGCGGAACAUGAAGAGUUACCAACUGGCUGCUGUUACAUCUCCAAGUCUCAUUGUGGAAUGUGGUGGCGAGUAUUUGGAGUCGGCAGUGAUCAAGAGUCUUAAGAAGUGUCCAAACUUCCCCACUUCGGUUCUCUUUAUGAAAGUGCUGCUUCCAAAAGAAGAAAUGUACACCCCUCCUAUUGUCAUAAAGGUGAUUGACCACAGACCCUUUGGGCGUAAGCCAGUGGUCGGACAGUGUACAAUUCAUUCUCUGCAACAAUAUCGGAUUGAUCCAUAUGCUGCAAGACAGGCUGUCGGAAUGCAAUCAAAAGCAUCUCUGCUUUCAAAUGCUCGUGACUGUGUCAUUGAUAUAGAAGACAAUCAAAAACCGCUCCUUGAAUCCCAGUUUGUAGACAGUAUGACCAAAGCAGUCAUCAAAAUGGCUUCUCCAUCAGCAUUGCAUAUCGUGUCCACUGAUUCUGAAGGACUGGCUGCUUUUCGAUCUUCCCAGGCAGCAAAGGAGGAAGAGGCAAUUGAUUGGUGGAGCAAGUUUUAUGCAUCUAUAGGAGAGCAUGAACGAUGUGGCGCCUAUAUUCAGAAAGGUUAUGAUACACUGAAGGUGUACAUCACAGAACUGGAGAAUGUCCCAGAAUUCAAAGGCCUGACAGAUUUCUGCCACACCUUUAAACUAUACAGAGGUAAAUCAGAAGAGGAUGAAGACCCAUCAGUUGUGGGUGAAUUUAAGGGUUCCUUCAAGAUUUACCCACUGAGUGAUGAUCCAAAUGUUCAAAUGCCUCCACGUCAGUUUGCAGAACUGCCAGAUAGUGGAGCUCAGGAAUGUUUGGUGCGAAUUUAUGUUGUUCGAGCCAUUGACUUACAACCAAAAGAUAAUAAUGGCAAGUGUGAUCCAUAUGUGAAGAUCACCUUGGGUAAAAAAUCAAUAGAAGACAGGGACAACUACAUUCCCAACACCCUGAACCCAGUCUUUGGCAGGAUGUUUGAAAUUACUUGCAACUUGCCUACAGAGAAAGAUCUCAAAGUAGCACUUUACGAUUUUGAUUUGUUGACUCGUGAUGAAAAGGUGGGAGAGACUGUUAUUGACCUGGAAAACCGACUCCUCUCGCGCUUUGGAGCUUAUUCUGGAUUGCCUCAAUCAUACUGUGUUUCUGGUAUAAAUAUGUGGCGUGAUCAACUCAAGCCAACCCAGUUGUUACAGAAUUUAGCCAAAAUGAAAGGCCUUUCUCAGCCAAUCAUCUCUAGCAACAGCCUCUCCUACAAUGGUCAGGAAUAUUUACUCAAUGACAUUGAACGUAACAAGACUUUAAAUAUCCAUCUUGGACCUCCAGAGGAACGGCUUGCACUUCAUGUUUUGAGACAGCAGGGACUUGUACCCGAGCACAUAGAAAUGAGGUCGUUGUACAGCACCUACCAACCCAACCUUACACAGGGAAAGCUGCAGAUGUGGGUUGAUGUUUAUCCAAUGAGUCUAGGUCCCCCUGGACCACCGUUUGACAUCACUCCCCGAAAACCCAAAAAAUAUUUCCUUCGCUGUGUAAUCUGGAAUACCAGUGAUGUUAUUCUGGAUGAAACAAGCAUUACUGGAGAAGAGAUGAGUGAUAUCUAUGUGAAGGGCUGGAUGGUAGGACUUGAUGAGAAGCAGAAGACUGAUGUACAUUACAGGUCACUCGGAGGCGAAGGGAAUUUCAACUGGAGAAUGGUAUUCCCAUUUGACUACCUCCCAGCUGAGCAGCUCUGUGUUGCAUCCAAGAAGGAAAAUUUCUGGAGCCUUGACAAAACAGAAUUCAGGAUGCCUCCCAAAUUAAUUAUUCAAAUCUGGGACAAUGAUAAAUUUUCCAUGGAUGACUAUUUGGGUGUCCUUGAGCUAGACCUAAAUUCAACAAUAUGUCCAACCAAAACCUCUUCGGGAUGCAGUUUGAAAAUGCUACCAGAUGAAAAGGGGGGAAAAGUGCCAAACAUGACCUCACUUUUUGCUCAAAAAUCAAUGAACGGAUGGUGGCCGUGUGUCCAAGAGAAAGACGGCAAGCGCAUUUUGGCUGGUAAAGUUGAAAUGACACUGGAGAUUGUCACUGAACAAGAGGCUGAGCAAAGACCUGCUGGCAAAGCAAGAGAUGAACCCAACAUGAACCCAAAACUAGAUCCUCCAAACCGUCCAGAAACGUCUUUCCUGUGGUUCACCAGUCCUUGCAAGACGAUGAAAUACAUCAUCUGGCGCCGAUUCAAAUGGAUCUUUCUUGGGAUCAUAAUACUGCUGUUUGUAGUUCUGUUCCUCGGGAUCUUCUUUUAUUCAUUGCCGAACUACCUAUCCAUGAGAAUUGUGAAUCCUAUCUAAAGGAGUUUACGAUUGGCCAGUCUUCCCACAGCAGUGAUUUUGUUGUAUAACUAGCCCAAGAACAUUCACGUUGUAUGUCUACAACCUCAUGGCCUCGGGUAGAAAUGGACAGAGGUUAGGAGGAUGACAAGAUCUACGUUUUACCAAGGUUAAGCAAGGUUCAUAGGGUCAUGACUGGGCCAUUUAUCAAUGAUUCCAUGUUAAUGUGCUGACCCUGGAUGACCAGGACCCUGCUGUUUUUAUCCAACGUUUAUGCAAUUGGCUGUUUGUUUAGCAGGUGCCUGUCUAGUUAUGAAAUACCAGGGGAAUUUUUUCUGUGCAUUUGAAACAGUGAACUAAGCAGAAGUGUGUUUGAAUUAUGGCUAUUCAAGGUGGUUGGUUUGCUAAUCUGUUACAGCAUAGGUUUAAACCAUGUGCAAAUAUUAAGGGACUCUCUUUUUAUCAAAUAAUGUCUGAAACAAUUUAAACAGAAGUGUCUCCACUCAGUUUGCUUAUAUCCUCGUUGAAUGGAAGAAACUAAUGGUUGAUGUUCUGAGGAUUAUAAAUAGUGCAGCUGUGUUGUAUUAUGUAGUCUCUUCAUGGUUUUAGUCUGAUUCACUUUUGCUUAAGAAUGUGGACAAAAAUCAAAUGUAACCUAAAUGCAAAGUAAAUCACUAUUAAUCAAUGUACUAUUUGUACUCUAAUAACUGCAAUGUUAUCAUCUAAUAAAUCAUUCCACCAGUGUCA